AUGGCGCUCCCCCCGCCCCAGGUCCUGGGAGUCUUCGAAGACUCGUUCUGGCAGAGAGGCACCCCUGCCUUCGUCCCCUUCGGAAGCCGCUCCGACCCGGACGCCGCCGCCGCCGUCAGCGGCGCCGAUUUCCUCUUCACCCGCCUCCCGGAAAGCACCGGCGGCGACACCGGGUGGGAGAUCAAUACCUGCCGCGGCUGCUACCUUGUCCUCCACAACCAGAAAACCAGGAACGGCGACGACCGGUGGGAGGGGGGGUGGCGCAUCGACGGCGGGGCAUUCCGGCAGACGAUGGGGAUGGAUGCGAGGGCGGCGGAUCCAGGUAAGAAAAAGACUUCAUCAAAACCUUACAACCCCCUCACACAGGCGCUGGACGUCUUCCCCUACCCGGCCCAGGAGGCCAACUGCCAUCCCCGCUACCUUGCGUGCCACAUCAUCUUCUUCAAGGAUGACCCGAUAUACUUCGGUGUGGUCUGUGUGCGCCGCCGCCGGCGCCGGCUCCGGACGCUGGCUCGCUUCUCUCUCUUCUCAUCGGACAGCAGCUGCAGGGAGUGGCAGAGCAUCCCUUGGGUGGACACCUCGACGGGGCAGCUCCCGUCUUGCCCCGACACGCUGAUGGUGGAUGGAUUUGCCUACUGGAAACACAUUGAUCAACCCUAUAUAGUCGCGCUCGACAACUCGACGCUGGAAUUCUCUCGACUGGAUUUGCCGCCGGGCAUGGAAGACAUGCAAUGUGCAGAAUUCCGACUUGGCCAGACCGACGAUGGGUAUCUCUGCAUGGUUUACAUAUAUGAAGACACGCUUGUUGUUUGCGCCUUAGGGCCGCCGUCGCCGUCGCUGCCGCCGGCGAAGCAUGGUCCAGAGGCAACCGCCACCACCAUUACUUCUAUCGCUGACGACCUCCUCCGGGAGAUCUUCCUCCGCCUCCCCUCCCUCCCGAGCCUCGUCCGCGCCGCCCUCGCCUGCCGUGCCUUCCUCCGCGCCGUCCGUUCGUCCCCCGCCUUCCGCUGCCGCUUCCGGGCGGUCCAUCCGCCCCAGCUCCUAGGCUUCUUUAGCGCCCCCUGCCGCACCGCCAUCCCUGCCUUCAUCCCCUUCCGAAGCCGCUCCGACCCGGACCUCGCCGCCGCCCUCCGAGGCUCCGAUUUCCUCCUCACCAGCCUCCCGGAAGACAGCGGUGACCCCGGCUGGGAGAUGAAUUGCUGCCGCGGCGGCUACGUCGUCCUCCACAACCAGAGCACCAGCCAGAUCGCCGCCUACAACCCGCUCACGCAGGCGCUGCAUAAUCCCCCGCCCGCCCCAUGAGACGAGACCUGCCAUCUCAGCAAUCUCGAUGUCCACUUCAUCUUCUCGGAAGAGGACCAGAGGGCGUUCCGUGUUGUCUGCGACCGUCGCCGCAGGCGGCGGCGGAGGACGCUGGCUCGCUUCUCUGUCUUCUCAUCGGACAGCAGGGAGUGGCAGUGUUUCCCUUGGGUGGACACCUCGACGCCUGGGGACGAUGGAGGCGACGAGUGCAUGCUCACGUGUUACACUGAUACGCCGCUGAAUGAACCUGAUAGAUUGGCCCGCUGGAAACACAAAGAUCAGGCAUAUCUAGUCGUGCUCAACACCGCGACGCUGCAACUAUCCCGGAUGGAUUUGCCGCCGCCAUUGAAGGACAUAGAUCCUGUACGAACCGAACUUGGUCGGACCAGGGAUGGAAGGCUCUUUCUGCUUUGCAUAGAUGACUACGAUGCAAGCAAAGGAAGGCUUGCUGUUUGGUUAUGGAGAGCCGAUGGUGAUGGCGUUGAGAAAUGGAUGCCGCACAAGAUUUACCCACUGCGUAAAUUUGUUGAUUUCACUCUGUGUUCACAAGAGUGUGAUGUCAUGGCACGUGAUGUGGUGGUCAUAGAUGGUUUUGCAUACUUGUGUAUUGAGUAUGAUACGGAUACCGGGUGUCUCCUAUCCUUUUGCCUGGAAACAGAGAAGGUAAACAAGCUUUUUGAUCAUAGAGUCGACUAUGCUGUCCAUCCCUACAUCAUGGAGUGGCCUCCUUCUUUGAUAGGCAACAAGGAAGAUUCAGAAACCAAAGUUACCGGAGACGAUGCGAGGGAUGAUGGUCCUGUGGGCACAGAAGGAACUCCCUCUGUUCUUGCCACAGCGUUGCAAUCAUAUAAAGAAGCUUUAAUUAAUAAUGAUGUGGCAAAAGUCACUGAGAUAGAGAAAUUACUACUUUCGAUUGAGGAUGAGAACAAGUUUCUUGUGUGUAAAAUCACUACUCUAGAUGCAGAAUUAACUAUCGCGAGAGAUCAUUUGAUAUGA